CGCAGCGAGUUUGGGAGAAGGGAUGCGGGCCAGAGGAUUUAUGAACACACCGAUGCUGAUGAGAGAACCACGGCAAUACAGGGGGACGCAUGUUGUCAGAGAAUGCCACGGCAAGCCAAGAUUUUCCAUUCGUUAACUUUGAGGGAAGACAUCUUUGUCUCGUCAACUAGGUUCUUUGUUUUUGAAUUGAAGCUAAUGCCGCAUAUCCUCAUUUUAAAAUGCCAGCGGGUUUGAAUGCGCAAGGCAGUGGUAUACCUAUUUCGGACGCGAUGGGCUCAUUUAAAAGGAGGAAAAGAAAGUCCAUCAUAGUAACAGCAAUGCUCCUUAUUGUGUCCAUACUUAUCCUUGUCUUUGGGCUGGCCGCUACCACUAGGACACAAAACAUCACUGUUGGUGGCUACUAUCCAGGAGUCAUUCUUGGCUUCGGGUCCUUUCUCGGAAUCAUUGGCGCCCAUUUGAUAGAGAAUAAGAGGCAGAUGCUGGUGGCCUCCAUUGUCUUCAUCAGCUUCGGUGUGGUGGCUGCCUUUUGUUGUGCUAUUGUGGAUGGAGUAUUUGCUGCAAGACAUAUAGACCUCAGACCUCUAUAUGCUGGCCGAUGUGAAUAUUAUUCCAGUGGAACCUCACUUGAUUUUGAAGUCCACUGUCAAACUGCAUCUCGGGUCUCCUGUAACAUGCGUGUGAAAAGCAACACCUGCUACUGCUGUGAACUUUACAACUGUGGCAAAGAACAUCCUCUUAUGGGACUUCAGAAUAAAGAUGUUUUGAAAAAGUUUAGGAAAUCCUCCAUGAUUUGGAAUCGAGUGGAGCUGCGGGGUGGUUACCACGAAUAUACAGAGGUGCGUAGCUGCCAGGAUGUUGUGCACCUUUACCACCUGCUAUGGUCUGCUACUAUCCUCAACAUUGUUGCCCUGUUUCUGGGCAUCAUCACAGCAGCAGUGCUGGGGGGCUUCAAGGACAUGAUGCCUGCAGCAGCGCCAGAUUCCUGUGAGCCAGAACCUCUUCCUGUACCUCCACCACCACAGACUCCUGGCCCCACCACCUCCAACAACUCUUUUUACAACACUGCCCCAUGCUUACCGCCAUACACUGCCUAUGACCUUCAGGGUGCCAGCAUGUUCAAUGAAUCUUUUGGCCUGUCUGAUGACUCCCAGUCUGGAGCCAGUCACAUGUGGCCAAAUAUGAUCCCACCUCGUUAUUCUCCUCCUUAUUACCCACCUGAUGAGAAGCCCCCACCAUACAGCCCCUAAAGGACCAGUCUGAGGAACAAGGGAACACAUUUUGCUGCAAAGAAAUAGCUGGCAUGCAGGCAUUUUGGAUUUAAAUGUAACAAAUCAUUAAACAACCAUUGUUUUGAAUGAACAACCAUUGCAGAUGAGGCUUUCAAAAUUGAGUGGCCUUAACUGUGCUUCAGGCUAUUGAGGAAAAACAGUAUAGAAAGUCUACAGCAUUAGCCACAGGCAUUCGUCAAUACAGAGCCGAUGUAAUAUGCAACAUUAAACCUUGACAAGAGUUGUUCAAGUCAACAAACCUGAUGUGUAAAAUAUUCAUGUCUUUUAGCCUCUAUUCAAGAGGCCUAUGCUUAGAAACAUAAUGAGAACAAGACUGUUCACAGAUAAGCCUUAAAAUGUGUCUGCUUUCAGUAUACAUAAACCUAGCUCGGCAACUCUUCUCUUCCUGUUACAGGUAUGUCUGUGGAUCUCCUUGUGAUUCUUCCAUCCUCUGCCUAACUCAAUAAUGUGAAUGUGUCCCUUCCACAGUGGCACAAUGUUUUGCAUUGCCUCUGCUCUGGUGGCAUAUCUUGUGUUUUGCACUUUAUUGUCUUUAGAAUUGACUGUAUACACAGUUCUAUAUUAUUACUUGAGUUAUUCUUAACUGUUUUGGGCAGCUAGAUUGCAAAGAACUGUACAUAAUAUUAAGGCUGAAUCUUACCUAUUUCCUGACUGCUUAAAUACUAUCAAGUCACAAAUUCAAAUAAUCUUUUGUGGCAAAAUAUCCUUUGCUUGAUUUAUGCAAAGGUAUACGCUCUUAAAAACCUGUACAUCUCAAGCAUCUGUCUUUUUGUGAUGCUGCUGUUUCUGUGUCGAAAUGACGGUACUUACCGAAUGUAAAAAAGAGGCUUAGCUUUAUAAGUAAACAUUAUAUAAACGUAUACUUCUAUAGAUUUGAAUACACUUAAUUGUCACUAUAAAAUAACAUUCAACAUUCUCUCCACGUUGCAAAUAUGAGAAGUUUGUGUUCAAUGCUGUAAAUAUACCGAAAUUUCAAACUGCCUUCUUGUAAAGCAACAGAAUUAAGUCUCAAGAUUUCUAGUAUUAUUCAUUUUCAUCUGUUUAUGUUCACUGUGAAUGAUAAGUCUGUACACUCAAGAACAUUGUCCUUUACUGAAGCUAAAUGAGUAGAGAUAAUAUUACAAUUCUGUAAUUUUGUUACUCCCUGGUUGACAUUUGGGUGCAGCAAAUGGGAGUACAGUCAAACGAUAUAAAGAGAACUCUUAAAGUGGACCUUUGCCUUGAUUGUAAAUUUUUGACCAUAUUCAUGUUUACCAUAUUCAGUGAUGGCAAUAUCUUUGUUAUUAAAUGUGAAAUAUUCACAGUAUGUAAUCCUCUUUAAUGCAUAGUUGGACAGGAUGUCUUUUUUGCUUUUUAAUGAUCAGAAACCAUGUAUUGUAAAUAUUUGUCAUUUGACAUUUUACCAUUUGAAUCCAUUCUAUCCUGCAUCGUGUAGAAUCUGCACAAAAAUAAUUAUAUUCAUGAAUUGGUGCAUUACAAUAUGUUCCUUUACUAAAUCCACUCUGAUAUGGAGGGAACUUUAGCAGGAAUGUUUAUAUGUUUGAUGGGUGGUCAUCAUCAAAGUAGGAGACUACCACUGCAAAAUAACUCAUUAACAUGAUGCUUCUACAAA